AUGCCGCAAAUCUGCAAGUGCGCGGCGAAACAGAGUCCCGUGCAGGAGCAACAGAGUCCCUUGCAGGAGCAACAGAGUCCCGUGCAGGAGCAAGGGACUGACAUUUCGGCGUGCAGCUCCGUCACCGUCGAUUCGCUCCGUGUACCGCCUGGUGUGACGCUGGACCUGACGAAGACGAAGAGAGGUGCCGUCAUUGAGUUCAAAGGCACCACGACGUUCGGAACGAAAAUGUGGGCCGGUCCGCUCGUUAUGGUCAGCGGAACGGAUCUCACCGUGAAGGGAUCGGGCGUCCUCGACGGAUAA